UUCUUUUUUUUUUUCUUUCAAUUAUCUUGAAGGGUAGCGUUAGGCUUGUUUUAGAGGUACAGGGGCAGUAUUGUGGGGCUUGCAGGCUUUCUGAGGACACAGAUUGUCACCAGAUCUUGCUUUCCUCCCCUCUCCCAGCUGCAUCACCUCCUUUGCUGUCUGUCCCCAUGGCUCCUGCUCGAAAUGCCCCAUCCCUGCUCAUCCCUCUGUUCUCCAGCAAUUUUCUGAAAUAGCACUGCAUUUGUUGACCGCAGGUGGACCAGACUCAUCACCUUUGCAGACCCAGGAUCUACCCCCAAAGGUGCCACGUCAUUCGAUGUCCAUGCCACCUCUGCAGUUACGGUCCACAUCAUCCACAACCCCAUGACAAAACCCAUGUUUAACUCCAGAUGGCCACUGGAUCCUGAUAUAGAGGUUGUAGUGACCAUCGAUGUCACCAGCAAGACCGUCAAUGACAAUAAGGUUAAGAUUUCAUACUACGGACGGGAAGAGAAUGAGCUUUCGGUGGCUUGGUUGUAUCUCACCUGCGUAGACAUAUCCCUGGACGUGGAUGUGAGCCGUAAUGGCAGAGUGAGGAGCAAAGGGAAGGACAAGGCCAAGUGGACAUGGGGUCCGGAUGGGCAAGGUGCUGUGCUGCUGGUCAACUGUGACAGGGACAGCCCCGGCGCGGUGGGGACAGACAGCGGCCAGGUGGACAUACGGACCAGUGCAGACCUCCAGGACAUGUCUGUGAUGCUGCUGCGGACUCAAGGUCCCAGCAAUAUCUUUGCUGAGUACCAGCUGGUCCUGCACGUCCCCGAGUCGGACGCAGACAAAGUGCGUGUUUUCCAUGCCAUACGGAGUGACUCACACCCCCAGUACAAACCCGUGCUGGGGCCGGGUAAGCUCUCCUAUGUGCUAGACCGUGUCGGCAGUGGAGAAAACACCUUCUACGUGGAAGGGUUGGCUUUCCCUGAUGCGGGCUUCUCCGGGUUGGUUUCCUUCAGCGUCAGCUUACUGGAGGUCCCCCAUAAGUAUUCGCCGGGCACCCCGAUUUUCACGGAUACGGUAGUUUUCCGUAUGGCACCCUGGAUAAUGACACCCAACACCCAGCAGCCUCUGGAGGUUUUUGUCUGCAGCAUCAAGAGGGGCAUAAACUCCAACGAGGUCUUUCUGGAGGAGCUCCAGGCCCUGUUGAGGAAAGCCAACUGCAAGCUGACCAUCUGCUCAGAGGUCGAAAGCCGGAGUGACCGCUGGAUCCAGGAUGAGCUGGAGUUCGGCUACGUGGAAGCACCGCACAAGACCUUCCCUGUGGUCUUCGACUCACCCAGGAACAGAGGCUUGAAGGACUUUGCUUUUAAAAAGAUCCUGGGCCCCGACUUUGGCUAUGUGACCCGCGAACCCCCUGGACAUGAAGCCUCCAGCCUCGACUCCUUCGGCAACCUGGAUGUGAGCCCACCGGUGACGGUGCGGGGCAAGGAGUACCCGCUGGGCCGCAUCCUGAUCGGCAGCCCCCUGCCCUGGGCCUCCGGCCGGCGGAUGUCGAAGGUGGUCAGGGAUUUCCUUUACGCCCAGAAGGUGCAAGCACCGGUGGAGAUCUACUCGGAGUGGCUGAGUGUGGGCCACGUGGACGAGUUCCUCACCUUUGUCCCUGCAUACGACAGGAAGGGUUUCCGGCUCCUGUUGGCCAGCCCCACCGCCUGCUACAAGCUCUUCCAGGAGAAGCAGAGGCAGGGCCAUGGUGAAGCCACACAGCUCGUGGGGAUGUCGGGCACCGAGCGGAGGAGCAUCGACGACAUCCUGGCGGAUGAGGGGCUGAGGAACGACAACAAGCAUGUGCAGCGCUGCAUUGACUGGAACCGCGACCUCCUGAAGCAGGAGCUGGGGCUGAGCGAGCAGGACAUCAUCGACAUCCCCCAGCUCUUCAUCCUGAAUGGCUCCCGUGCGGACGCCUACUUCCCAGACAUGGUGAACAUGCUGGUGCUGGGCAGGCACCUGGGCAUCCCCAAGCCCUUCGGGCCACUGGUGGCCGGGCAGUGCUGCCUGGAGGAGCGCGUGCGGGCGCUGCUCGAGCCCCUGGGGCUCUCCUGCACCUUCAUCAAUGACUACUUCUCCUACCACGUCCUCUUUGGCGACGUCCACUGUGGCACCAACGUCCGCCGCAAGCCCCUAGCUGCCAAGUGGUGGCACGUGGUGCCCUGAAGUGCCCAGGCAGGAGCUCCAGUCCGUCCCGAUGGUGGAUGAGGGUGGAUUUGGAGCAUCUCAAAAUAAAGCGUUUUGCCAAUAUGA